AUGCCCGGUCCAAGCAAACGGUGGGAUGAGGAAGAGGAGUCGAUCGCGGGCUCUGCCCCCGGCUCCCCUGUGAUAGGUGCUCGUCGCAACCGCAAGUUCGACGACGAGGAGGAGGGCAACGAUGAUGUCCUUGAUUCGUGGGACGCCGCCGAGGACUCCGAAGUCGAGAGAGAGAAGGCCAGAAAGGCCGCCGAGGCCAAGGCCAAGGCUGAGGCCGAAGCCGCCGCUCAAAAGAAGAGCAAGACUCAGCGCAUUGCCGAACACCAGGCUCAGCGCGCCCGCGCCAAGGCUGCCGCGGAAGCCGAGCAAGAGGAGGAGGAGACUGAGGCCCAGCGGCGCGAGCGCCUGCGUCGCACCGAGAAGGAGUCCGACCUGAAGCACGCGGAAGACCUCUUUGGCAACAUCGGCACCAUUAGCGGCCGUAGCCUGACGGCCACCACCGUUCAGGUCGACCCGAACGAUCCCAACAAUACCAUCGAUUUGGCCACUCUCCCCAUCUUCAACCCCCAGGGUAAGGCUGCCUUUGAGCAGCUGCGCAACACUCUGGCUCCUCUGCUUGCGGCCAGCGCCAAGAAGCCGCACUACACUCUCUUUCUGCAGGAGUUUUGCAAGCAGUUGGCGCGGGAGCUGCCAAGUGAGCAGAUCAAGAAGGUCGCUAGCUCACUGACGGCUCUCAGCAACGAGAAGAUGAAGGAGGAGAAGGCUGCUGAGAAAGGUGGCAAGAAGACCAAGGCGGCCAAGACGAAAACCUCGCUCGUUGGCGUCAGCCGUAACGACAAGGCCGACCUCACUGCCUACGACGAUGCUUACGAGGAUUUUGGCGAUGAUGACUUCAUGUAA